AUGAUGGGAAUUUUAAAUUUUAUAUUUUCUGCUACUUUUGUAACAACGGCAUUAAGUGCCACUGUUCCAUCAUCGUCUUUUAAUGCAGGCGGAAGAUGUGUUUUACCAGUAAAAUCUAAUAAACAUUGGAAAACAUUUUGGCCUUUAGUAUUUCGAGCUACUGGAACUUUGUAUCCAGUUAAAGAAACUGAAAUAAAUUCAAGCGAAGAAUUGGAUUCAGAAUUGGAUGUUGUUGUAACCAAAGGUGAAGAGGUUAUCAUUUCAUGUGGACCAAAUUAUAUUGCUUCAGAAUAUAGAUCGACUUCUUUAAAUGUGAAAUGUGGAGAAGAUGGUAGUUUUUAUACAUUGAAAGGUGAUGCUAAAGAAUUAAAAGAAUUAUCAUGCGAUUUAAGAUCAGUCGAAGAAGUUAUAGUUCCUGUGGAUGGUUGUCCAACAACUGCAACUUCUGGAAAAUUCGGUUAUGUUCACCCGAUUGAUAAAACAACAAGAAUAAUUGGUGAAUCAUGUUAUUUAGAGAAUGAAGGACGUACUUUGUUCGCUCAUAUUCGUCUUGGUCAAGAUGCUUCAGAAGAUUCAAUUUCAAAUGAAAAAUUAAAUGACAAAUAUUUUAUUGGAAAACAAUUUCCUAAUAGUCGAUAUAAAUUAGAUUUUAUGAAAGGUUUUCGUAUUGAUGAAUUUAAAAAUAAAAUGAAAUUAUUAUUAGAUAAUGACGUUAAAAUACCGCAUUAUUCAUUGGGUAAUUUCGUUGACAUUGAACAUUUGAUAUCGAAUAAACAAUUUUUUGCUGUUAAAAAAUUAGUUUGGAAUUAUUUUCCUGUUUUUGAUAAUCAAAUACCAUAUUUAGAUGCAGUUAGAAAAGAUAUUGUUGAAUUAAGUAGAUCUAAUGAAAUUGAUGUUUAUGUUGGAAGUUAUGGUAUUAUGGAAUUGGAAGGUAAAAGUGGUGAAAAAGUUUCAAUUUAUUUAGAUCCAAUUGGUAAUAAAUAUCCUGUUCCAAAAUAUAUUUGGUUUAUUAUCAAGAGCGGCAAGAAUACAAUUGGAAUUGCUGUAGCAAACGAUCCAAAUACUACUGUUAGUGAUAGUUUAAAGAUUUGUUCAAGUCAAUGUAAUAAAGUUUCAUGGUUAAGUAACGUAAAAACCGCUGGAUAUUCAAAUCAAGCAAAUAAAAUUGUCUGCUGUGGUUAUAAUACUAUGAAAAAUAUUAUACCUGAAAUACCAGACAUAGCACUUACUUCAAAAAUUUGAGUCAAAAUAUGUAAUUUUUAAGUUUGUUUAUUAUAAAUUAAAUUUUUUUAUAUAAAUUAAGUAUUUUUUUUAAUUUUUUUUUUAUAUCUGUUACGAAAAGAUAAUGCAAGAGAAAAACAAAAUUUUAAUAAACACCAAAACAACAUUUAAUUUUUGACUUUGACUUCUUUAUUUUCAUCUUUACAAGUAUAUAAUAAUAAUUAAUAAUUUUUCUUUAAAUAAAUAUUCAAAUACAAUAAGACACGAAAAAGUUAAUUCUGUUAUUUUAUUUCCUUUUUUAAUUUUUCUUUUUCGAAUAUAAUAUAUAAAUUAUAAAUAUUACAAUGUAAUAUAUAUAUGUAUAUGUAAUUAAAUUAAUUUUCGAAUAUUUUUUCUUCACAAUUUAAUAGAUAGUUUAUUACUUUUAUUUUUUGUUUUUUUUUUGUUUUUUUUCAUUAGGUUUUUUGUUGAACGAAACUUUUACAAACAUGAAUGUAUAUUUUUUUCUUUUUUUUUUCAUUUUUUUUUAUUUUUUUUUAUAUUCUCUUAUUAAAAGUUUAUUAUUAUUUUCAGCCCAAUUAAAUAUUGUAUUUUUAUGUUAAAAAAAUUAAUCAAUACAUUGAAAGCAUGUAAAUACUUUUAAUAAUUUAGUUACAUUUUUAAGAAGAAUUUAAUUUACUCGAUUAAAUACGUGUUUUAACAUUAAAAUGAUUUUGAAAAGUAUAAUAUCAUUUAUGGUGAAAUGGUUAUGAUUAAAUAUACAAUACUACAAUUUUAUUUUCAACAAAGAAUUAGAGGAAGAAUAAUCUAAAUUUGAAAGAAUUAAGUUUUAAAUCGAAUUAAGGAUGGGAUAGUUUAGCCCAUAUAAUCAAUUUCAUUUUCUUCGACACAUAAUUUAAGCUAAUUAGAAAUUAUUUAAAAAACUUAUAAUUUUCAAAGUAAAAUCAGUUUCAAAAUUUCGACUUUUAUACCGAAUAUCCCAAUAAUUUUAAAUAAUCAUUUUUUUGAUCCAUCAUUUUGAAUUAUAUAAGUAUAAUUUUUGUAAUAAUUAAUGUAAAUCUAUAUAAAUAUUCAAUAAUUUUUAAUGAAACUUAUUGAAUUGAGAUACUGAUUAAUUUCAUUUUUAAUACUUUUUUGUUUCGCAGAAUAAAAAAAUAUAGACCUGAGGUUUUGGGUAAAAUAUUACAGCGUUCAAUGUAUAUAUUUAAACAUUCCCACAUUUAACUGACUUUUUUUUCUUUAUUAAAGUUUUUGAAAUGAUAAAAGACGAUGGUUAACAAUUUUCAUUUUAUUGUGUUUUAAAUACUAUGUAUACCUAUAUAUAUACUGAAUUUUAUUUUUUCCUUUAAAAUUAAUAUUAAUUUAUUUUUUGUUUGUUCCUUUAGUAUGUUCUUAAAAAGUAAAUUUCUAAAAUUUUUAUUUUAAUAUUACAUUUUUGAGUUAUUUUAUAUAAUAAUUAUUAUCAUUAUUUAGUUUUUUUUUCAAUAGCCCAUAAAUAUAUAUUUCAUAAUAAUUGAUUUUUCUUUUUGUUGAAAUAUAUGUAAUAAAUUAAAUAUAUAUAGAGUUAUGCUUAGAUUUUCAUUUUUAUUUGUUUUGAAAAUAUCGACACAUUGUGUAUUAAAGUUAAUUAUUAUUAUUUUUAUAAUUAAAUUUUUCAAAUAGUAUAAUUUGAAAAAUUGUAUGUGUGUUUUUUUCUUUUAUUAUUAAAUAUUAUUUAUUAAAAUAUUACAAUAUUAUUAUUUUGAAAUUUUAAUUGCUUAGACAUCAUUUUUGUUAAAUAGAUUCUAACAUAAUAAAUAGGAUAUAAAUAUUAACGUUAAAUAAGAUAACCUUUUUAAUUUGUAAUGUAAUAGUAAAAAUGGUAAUGAAAUGAACUCGUUUUUUGGACAGGUAGUGUUAAUUACAAUAGAAAAUAGGAAGUGAAUAUUUUUUAAAAUAAUUUUUUGAUCAAACAAGAAUUAAAAAUAUAAAGUGAAAUUUAAAACUUUUACGUAUUUUCCUUUUUUACGAAAAUGUUAAUUUUAUUUAAAAAUCAUCAUUUGUUUAAAUCGCAGUAAAAUUGACUAUAUUAACCCUAAUACGGCAAUUACUUUUUUAUAUAGUUAAAAAACAUCUAUUUUUUUCAUUUCUUAUGCUGUUUAUUUGUGUUUAUUACACAUAAUUACAAUUAAUUAUCCUAUUUUUUUUUUUUGUUUUAACACAAUGUUUUUUAACAAUUUCAUAAUUCUGAGUUAUUUGGGUAUUGUUUUAAGUAUAAAAUAUUUUAAAAGUUAUAUCUCUUGUUUUUUUUUCAACAUUUGUUAUUAUACCCGAACAUAUAAACUCAUUUGAUUUUUUAAAACUUGAAAACAAUGAAUGAUUUUUAAUUUUUUAAAAACAUUUGUUAUUUUUUAAUUUUAAUUCAUUUGAUGUGUUUAAUUUGAAUUAUUUAAAUUAUAUUGGAAAUUAUUUAAAUGUUUCAAUUAAAGUAUCUUCACUAUAUUUGUUUAUUUUUAUUGAGUAUUUUUCGAGAAAGUUUAAGUAUUUGAGAGUUAAGUGGGCGAUUUUUUAUUUUUUAAUAGGGUAAAUAAAAUAUAUAGACUAUUCAUAAAAAACUAUAAUAUUUUCCUUUCAUUGAAUUAGUACAUUAACUGUCCAAAUUUUGUGAGUACAUUAUUGUUCUCGCGUUAUUGUUAUAAAGAACAAAACAAAAACUUAGUAUUAUUAAGUUGAUUAUUUAACAUUCGAAGAUAAAUAUACAAUUUAAUUUUGAUAGAAUAUCAGUUACAUUUAAAAAUACAUUUAAUUUAUUUGUUUAUUUUUUCUUUUUUUCAUUUUGUCACAAGCAUAUUUUUAAGAGAAUUUAAAGAUAAAGAAAAAUAUUAUGUAAUUCCAAGUUUUUUCUUAUUAUUGAUUAAUUUAAAAUUUCAAUUUAAAAAACGACACAAUUUUUAUUAUUUUUUUUUGUUGUAUUUUUAAUUUAAUAAUUCAACGUAGAGUUAAAUGCACAUUUAAAUACAUUAUGUACGCAUACAUGUAAUAAUAAUAUUUAUUUGAAACAUACAAUUCAUUUAUUUUUCGUUUUAAUUGUAUAAUAAGUAAAAAUUUUAAAGAGAGAGAAACUAACAAAAAGAAAAA